GCUGGAAAUUAUCCAACUGGGUGGAGCCCAGUGAUAGUUUCUUAAGAGUGGACCACAGCCUCCUUAAAGUGCUGGGGCACCAUCCCCUCCUACAGAGAAGUUUUGACCUAUAAAGUACUUUAUUAUUUGGCUAUGGGGUUGCCUAUUUCAGACAGAACUUACCUGUUCUGAAAGGAUAUUUUGAGCGUCUUACCCCCCCCCCCCCAACAGGUGAGAUAAGAGUGGGGUUUGAAGUUCAUUUUUUUCUAGCUCACCUCUGGUAUUAUAGAACUUACCUCAAUAUUCAAAUGAUGUCCUCCCUAACAUUUUUGGGAAAAUUGUCAAAAGUUGUUUUGUUGGGAACAUGUUUUUGUGGUUUUCUAUUAGUAACCUGCAAGGACUUUUUGUGAAGCUAGCAAUAUAGAAAUACCAUAAAUUAAGACAGCCAAUUAGAGCAGAAAUUAGAAGUGGGGUCCUCCAGAUGCUACUAGAUUUCAAAACUUCUCACCACAUUGGCCAUGCUGGCUGUGGCUAAUAACUUUUGUUAACAAAAGGUGUGUGCUUGAAGGAUGUGAAGUAUCUAUAUAAUUAACUGCACAUAAAAAUAAAAAGUUCAAUGAUGAAUGAAUUCCAGUUGUAAUUACUGAUGCAUCUUCCAGACGUUUCCAAGUUUUGUACCAUUAUCAGUUGAUCUGUUGCAACAAGCCUGAAGUUUAGAACAUAAAUUAUAUUGGUUUCCAGCAAAAGUACGGAGUACCUUAAGCACCCAGAGCCAGACAAUCAUGCAUUUGCGCUUGUAUAACAGAUUCCGACCGUCACGAACAGCGAAAAGGUUGCAGUGGGACGCAAUCCCGCAUGUUGGAUUUACUUAAGUGGUAAUCAUACAGAGAGAAAAGAUUGCAAUCUCCUGCUCCGGACUUGAUCUACACGAACGACGGAUAUUUGUGCCUGAAGCUAUUUUGAUUGCUUCCCGCCAACUACAUCCAUAACAAAUGCGAAAGCAGACGAAAAAAGAUAGCUAUUUCUUGUGGGGAACAGGUUCAGUUCUAAUCUUGGAGCAUUCUUCCCAGAUUAAUAUUGAAAAGGCUUACUCCUCCUCGUUCAGUCCGUUCCGAAAGAAAUCCACUUAGAUGACGGAAACCAGCGACCGCGUUCUUCCAUCGAGCGCUAAUGACCAGGAAAGAGACCCGUCUCGGAAUUUAUAUCACAGAAUUGGGAACAGAAUGAAGCAGUAGUCGCCAAGGCGACCAAGCUCCGCCUUCGGUCAUGCCUUUCUCUCCUCUCUUUUCAGCACGGAUUCCCGCCUGGCAUGGGCGGGACUCUUGUGGAGUGAUUGACAGUUGCUAUAGUAACAGGCUCUUCUCGUCGCCAUUUUGUCAGUUGGGCUUUUUUAAAAAUAAUUUUUCUUCCCGCCCGAAUUAUAACUUUACGUGGAUUAUUUUUCUUUCGGAUUUCGGUGGCGGAGGGGUACCUUUCCUUUGGACAGUUGCACCGGAACGAAGCGGGACGACUCCGGGUGCGCGCGUGUGCGGUUUGAAGUGAUCCGAAGCGCAGUUCCUGAGAAGCCGGCUCGGCGGCGGCGCUCAGAAGGGGGAGGAGAGCAGGCGGCUGGCUGGCUGGCAGCAAGCAGGCAGGGAGGGGGCGCGAGUGAGUUCCCGGGGGCUCUGUUCGGCGCUGCGCCGCGCUCCCCUCUCGCCCGUGCUGCUCUGACUCCGCUCUCCCUGGCCUGGGCUCAAGCAGCAGCUGAAUUCACCACCACCGAGCUCUGCCCGUACCCCGCUGCCGAUCGCUGCGCAGGUUUGGAACGCGCGCCAUUUUGUGAGCGAUAGAAAAUCUGCCCGGCCAGGAAACGCCGCGGAUCCGCCCGCCGGGCCGGGCUGCCCUCCUCCAGGAGAGGGAGGUGCACGAUUGGCUCCGCUUCGGGGCCAAGGCCCUGCUCCCUUUUUGCACGGGGACCGAGCGUGUCGGCCGAAGUGAUCCAAGCCGGGUGGGAAAGACUGCAGAGAGGCUGCUGGGUUGGGCCGCUGGCUGAGGAGGGUAAUGAACUGAACCCACCCGCCAGUGCCGCCACUCACUCCCCUCCUGAAUCCCGAGACAGGAGGGAGGCCUUGGUCAGCACUGGACAACUGCGGCAGCCCGGACAGUAACCAGAGGUGGCCACCGCCCCGAUAUACGGGUUUGCUGCUGGCCUCUUCCCCCCACCCUACAGGAUGGUAUGAAAUUUGAAAGAAGACGAUGCAUACAGGAGGAGAGACUUCAGCAUGCAAACCUUCAACUGUUCGGCUUGCACCAUCAUUUUCAUUCCAUGCUGCUGGCCUUCAGAUGGCUGGACAGAUGUCCCAUUCACAUCAGCAGUACAGUGAUCGUCGACAGCAGAACAUAAGCGACCAACAAGUUUCUGCCUUACCAUAUGCUGAUCAGAUUCAGCAGCCUCCUGCUAACCAGCUACAGGUUGUAAAGGCAUAUGACCGAGUGGAACAGGAGUGGGUAGCUAUUAAAAUUAUAAAGAACAAGAAGGCUUUCCUAAAUCAAGCCCAAAUUGAAGUGCGACUUCUUGAGCUUAUGAACAAACAUGACACAGAAAUGAAAUAUUACAUAGUGCAUUUGAAGCGUCACUUUAUGUUCCGAAACCAUCUCUGUUUAGUUUUUGAAAUGCUCUCUUAUAAUCUCUAUGACCUUCUGCGGAAUACAAAUUUCAGAGGGGUUUCAUUGAAUUUGACGCGAAAGUUUGCACAACAGAUGUGUACUGCACUGCUUUUUCUUGCAACUCCUGAACUUAGUAUCAUUCACUGUGAUCUAAAACCUGAAAACAUCUUGCUGUGUAACCCCAAACGAAGUGCUAUCAAAAUAGUUGAUUUUGGCAGUUCUUGCCAGCUUGGACAGAGGAUAUAUCAAUAUAUCCAGAGUCGUUUUUAUCGAUCACCUGAGGUGCUAUUGGGAAUGCCUUAUGAUCUUGCAAUUGAUAUGUGGUCCCUUGGUUGUAUCUUAGUGGAAAUGCACACUGGAGAACCUCUUUUCAGUGGAGCAAAUGAGGUUGAUCAGAUGAAUAAAAUAGUGGAAGUUUUGAGUGUACCACCUGCUCAUAUUCUUGACCAAGCACCAAAAGCAAAAAAGUUUUUUGAGAAGUUGCCAGAUGGCUCUUGGACCUUAAAAAAGACCAAAGAUGGGAAAAGGGAGUACAAACCACCUGGAACCCGUAAACUUCACAAUAUACUUGGAGUUGAAACAGGAGGACCAGGAGGGCGUCGUGCUGGAGAGUCAGGACAUACUGUAGCUGACUACUUGAAGUUUAAAGACCUCAUCUUAAGGAUGCUUGAUUAUGAUCCAAAAACCCGAAUUCAACCUUAUUAUGCUUUGCAGCAUAGUUUCUUUAAGAAAACAGCAGAUGAAGGUACAAACACAAGUAACAGUGUCUCUACAAGUCCUGCUAUGGAGCAGUCACAGUCUUCAGGAACCACUUCUAGCACGUCUUCAAGCUCAGGUGGCUCUUCGGGGACAAGUAACAGUGGAAGAGCACGGUCAGAUCCAACACACCAGCAUCGACAUAGUGGUGGACACUUCACUGCUGCUGUACAAGCUAUGGAUUGUGAAACGCACAGUCCUCAGGUUCGACAGCAGUUUCCUCCUCCGCUUGGUUGGCCAGGAACUGAAGCUCCUACACAAGUUACUGUUGAAACCCAUCCAGUUCAAGAAACCUCUUUCCAUGUUACUCCUCAGCAACAAAAUGCAUUACACCAUCAUCAUGGAAAUAAUCCCCAUCACCACCAUCACCACCACCACCAUCAUCACCAUCACCAUGGACAGCAGGCCUUGGGUAGUCGGACCAGGCCAAGGGUCUACAAUUCUCCAACAAACAGCUCGUCCACCCAAGAUUCCAUGGAGGUGGGCCAUGGUCACCACUCCAUGACAUCCCUGUCUUCCUCAACAACUUCUUCCUCUACAUCUUCCUCCUCAACUGGUAAUCAAGGCAAUCAGGCCUAUCAGAACCGCCCCGUGGCUGCUAACGCAUUAGACUUUGGACAAAAUGGAGCUAUGGACGUCAAUUUAACGGUCUAUUCUAAUCCACACCAAGAAACUGGCAUAGCAGGACACCCAACGUACCAGUUUUCUGCUAGCACAGGUCCUGCUCAUUACAUGACUGAAGGACAUCUUACAAUGAGACAGGGAAUUGAUAGGGAAGAAUCUCCCAUGACAGGAGUUUGUGUUCAGCAAAGUCCUGUGGCCAGCUCGUGACUAAAGUGAAACAGAUUUGUUUCUUGUGUGUUUUUAUAGAAGUGGUGUUUUUCCAAAAAAAAAAAAAAAGUGCAAAGCUGCUUGAAUCAGGAGGAGAUAGACUUAUUGAACCGCUACAGAAGGGCAAAGCUAACUAUUUUUUUAAACUUGAACAGAUUGCAGUGAAGUUUUUAGAGCCAUGUUCAUACCUAUCCUAGAUAGCUUUGAGAAGAUUUCUCACCUUUUUGCCCAUUUUAAUUAUUACAACCAAGUUACAUAUAUAUUUUUCCCCUUGUUCAACAGAAUGAAUAUUCAAGAGUUUAUCUUAGUUGCAAGCAUAUUUUAAGGCAUGCCCAGAAUCAUAUAAAUGGGCAUUUUGGGUUUUUUUCCCCCUUUUUUAAUGUUAAGGGGGGAGGGGUGGGAAGUAAUAAUGAAUUUCCAUUCCCCAAACAUACAUGAACAUAAAAAAGCAGUACUGUAAGGAAGAGGGAUCCUAAGAUUGCAAAACAGAAUCUUUAGCUGUAAAAAAGGAUAGUUGUAAUGGUGUUCAUGAGACACAUUAAGCAUGCUAAGUGGCGGUGAUUAAGACUCCUUAUCUGAACCUACUGAGAAUCAAAGCAGCAAUUAUAUUGGGAUUCUGUGUCUCAUGUUUGAGGCUACAAUCAGUUAGUAUUGGAAUAAGACUGGUCCUGUAAGUAAGGUGCACUGAGAAGCAAUCAACAGGUUGGUCUUGACCAGUCCAGGGGAAGUCUUAAGUGGUGGUCUUUGGGAUAACCUUUGGCCUUAUGGAUUUGGACUCUUAAGUUAGAAGAGCCUACCAUUUCAGAUGCAAUCACUUUUGGACAUGCUUUUGCAGACAGUCCGUAAUGCUGAAAACACAGAGAAUGGGUAAUUCAAGAGGCCUUUCUUUUAAAAUAGACUUUGUGACCCACUUAUUGUAAGGUAUUGCAAAGUCACUUUGCGUGUGUCAUAAAGCUGACUUCCUUAUUGGUUGAAGGUCACAGGAGUAGUGGUUUGCUUUUGAUGAAAAUAGCUACAACUGUGUUCCUCUCUGCUUUUCACUUUCUUUUUUUUCCUUUCCUCCUACGUCUUCUUCCUCUUUUUGCUUUUUCUGGGCACGUGGUUUCUCCACUGUUACUUCUGCACAAAGAUGUCUUCUGUUCAACCUGAACAUUUUUAAAAAUGCAGAAUUUUAUGUGACUGCUUUUUUGCCUCACAAUUAUGCUGUGAAUUUUACAAAAAAAAUUUCUUUUUUGAUAAUUUAUUGUACCAAAGCUGUUUUUAUAGCACAUAGAUGUCUGUAACCAAUAAUGUAGCAGUUCUGCACUUUGACACAAGGUGUAACUAGACCAUUUUUAAAUGUCAGUUGAAAAUUAUGGCUGUACUAUUGCUUAAACAAAACUGGAACUGUUGUUUAUUCAUAGCCAAUACAUUUACAACAGUCUGUGUAUUGAACAUGAUAGAUAGGACAUCUAAUUCAACACUAUAACAUCUGUUGCAUUAUAAAUGUGUUCAAGCUUCUGAAAGUAAAAGGGACAGUAAAGCCAGAAGCUAUGAAGCCAGCAGUUAAUUUGUUGUAUCCCUUAUUAGCAUAAAUGUAAACCUGAAGGCAAGACCUUGAUUGCAUGAACAGAUCCAAAACACUAAGAUGAGUGAAGUUAAACAAAAAAGGCUCAAGUGAAACCUGAGGCUGAGUAGGCUGUAUUUAACAGGACGUCAGCUUGGCAGUUGCUAAAUUUCAGAACCCUUUUGAAGAAUUUUGGAAUUACGAAUACAAACAUUGUGAAUAAAAGAGAGGAAUCAGGGUAAUAAUCAGGGUUAUCUUUCCAGAUUAACACUGUUUUGCCCGUUACACGAACAGAAGCAGUCAUCUACCUCUGCCAGUAAACCAGUUUAAAAGGCCAUUCAACAAAAUACCGUGCACUUCAGAUGGUUAGUCCUUAUAGCAAACUAGGUCAGUUCUUCUGAACAAAUUAUUUUCUUUCUUUUUAUAAUCAUUCCUUAUAUUGGCAACAGAGAGGCUGAAUGCAGUGGGAGUAUGAAAGAAUGCUUUAGAAAUAAGGAGUUUUUGUAAAGCAACUUUUUUAUCUACGUAUCCAUAUUUAUUUUAGAUUGCGUUCUCAAGCCUGUGAAUUGGUAUUUUUGAACUUCUGCAGUUCAAAAAUGUUUGCUGAGCAAAAGGCUGUCGUCACAAAAAUGGAGCAUUGUGCUUAGCAAUACAAAAUGGAAUCCAAUGUGUACUGCUGUCUAGGAAUAUAAGGGUAACAAAUAUGGGUAAUUUUUCUUGUGCUGGUUGCCAUACUUUAACAAGCACCAAAAAUACUGUUUUUAAAUUUACAUAAACAGAAAUCAUAAACUCCAGUGCUUCUGCAUACUGUGUUAUGUUACAGUCCAGUUUUGUGUGCUUUACUACACAGUUUGGUUACAGGACUUCUGUGCAUUGUAAACAUAAACAGCAUGGAAAAGGUUAAAUACCUGUGUUCAGAUUGUAAGAUCUAGUCCGGACUUGCUGUGUAUAUUGUAACGUUAAAUGAAAAGACAAGCCCUUUGUAUUAUAGUCAUGCAGUCUUAUGUAUGAUAAACAGUUGAAUAAUU